CAGACCGACAGGCAGCCAUAUUUGAUUCGAUUAUGCUUUACUGGUUGCGACGACUAGUUCAGCUAGUUCUGGAAGAAUACGGUCUUUGUACUCGAUCUCAGCUACAUUUACAGGUUUAUCUACGACAACCUUAGUGGUAUCUCCAAUAGUAACUUCAUAUCGUGUGUAGUCAACGAUGAAUCCUGAAUAUGACUAUUUAUUCAAACUGCUCCUGAUUGGUGAUUCUGGUGUCGGAAAGUCAUGUCUGCUUCUCCGGUUUGCAGAUGACACUUACACAGAGAGCUAUAUAAGCACCAUCGGUGUGGACUUCAAGAUCAGGACCAUAGAACUUGAUGGCAAAACCAUUAAACUUCAGAUUUGGGAUACAGCCGGUCAAGAACGGUUCAGGACCAUUACUUCCAGUUACUAUAGAGGAGCCCAUGGCAUUAUAGUGGUUUAUGAUGUCACAGAUCAGGAGUCCUUCAACAACGUGAAGCAGUGGCUCCAGGAGAUAGACCGCUACGCCAGCGAGAACGUCAACAAGCUGCUGGUGGGCAACAAGUGUGACCUGACUACCAAGAAGGUGGUGGACUACACAACAGCCAAGGAGUUUGCAGACAACCUGGGCAUCCCCUUCCUGGAGACCAGCGCCAAGAGCGCCACCAACGUGGAGCAGGCCUUCAUGACCAUGGCUGCCGAGAUCAAGAAGAGGAUGGGCCCGGGGGCCACGGCCGGCAGUGCGGAGAAGUCCAACGUCAAGAUCCAGAGCAAGCCCGUCAACACCACCUCCGGGGGCUGCUGUUGAGGCCCCCACCACCCCAUCCAGUGAGGGGCGUACCCCAAGUCAGCCGGGCCCCACCCACCAACAAAACCCUGACCCAUCUAAUGUCCCCCUGCUUCAGACCCCCCGCCAACGACAAGAAACACGACCAGAACCCUGACCGUCUCGAACGUCCCC